UCUAUCUAUUUAUAGUUGCCCAACGUCCAAUUCCAUUUUUCAUUUUUCAUACUUCUCUCUUUUUUCUUUUUUUUUUAUUUGUUGAAAAAAAAAAAAAAAGAAAAGGAAAUCCAACAUAUUCAUUCAUAUUUCCGACAAGAAGAAGAAAAACAGAAAUAUAGUUUAUUUUAAUAUAUUUUAUUUUUUUUUAAAAAAUAUUUUACUAGAACUAGAGAGAGAAAAGCAAGCCAAGAACCUGAAGAUAUUUUUGUUUUCGCCUAAAGCGCCCCUGUCUGCAGGAAAAGAAUUAGGGUUUCUGGAUCUUCUUCUUCUUAUUCUACUUCUUCUUCCUUCCUUCUUCACAUCGUCCUCCGAUUCUAGGGUUUUUUGCAUAGAAGGACUUAAUUGAACAGUUCGCUAGAAUUCUUUCGAUAUUCUUGGUUCAAUUGUGGAGAUUUUUGUGAAAUUUGAAGUUAAAGAGUUUUCUUUCCGGUUAGAAGGUGGCCUGUCAACUGUGUUUGGAGGCGAGAGAUUUGACUGUCAAUUCUUGUUAUAUCAAGGACAAGGGUGAGCAGCUAUGCGAGCUUCUUGGGCUGAUUUGGCUGCAAAUUCUGCAGCUGAGAAUGUAGCUUCUGGUACUUCCGCUAACAAUGGGAGUGCUGGCUCAGCUUCAGCUCCUACCCGAGCUGCCUAUGUUCCUCCACAUCUCCGGAACCGACCUUCUUCUUCUGACCCCCCUGCUCCACCUUAUGGUGGGACUUCUGGCAAUGAUCGAGCUGGGUAUGGUGGAUCUCGCUGGGGCGGUCCCAGAAAUGAUUCUAAUAGAUCUGGGUAUGGUGGUGGCGGCCGCACUGGUGGAUGGGGUAGCAGAACUGGUGGGUGGGACCGUGGAAAGGAGCGGGAAGUCAACCCAUUUGGAGACGAUGAUGAUGCAGAACGUACCUUUAAUGAGCCAGAAAACACUGGAAUUAACUUUGAUGCCUAUGAAGAUAUUCCAGUGGAGACAAGUGGUGAUAAUGUGCCACCACCUGUGAACACAUUUGCUGAGAUUGACUUGGGUGAAGCACUUAAUCAAAAUAUUCGAAGGUGCAAGUAUGUGAAACCAACACCUGUGCAGCGGCAUGCCAUUCCAAUAUCCCUUGCAGGGCGAGACUUGAUGGCAUGUGCCCAAACUGGUUCUGGCAAGACAGCUGCUUUCUGUUUUCCUAUUAUCAGUGGAAUUAUGAAGGGUCAAGGUGCUCAGAGACCGCCUCGAGGAGCACGCACAGUGUAUCCAUUUGCUCUUAUUCUCUCUCCAACUAGGGAGCUCUCAAUCCAAAUACAUGAGGAAGCUAGGAAAUUUUCAUAUCAAACGGGUGUUAGGGUGGUUGUUGCAUACGGAGGAGCGCCAAUUAACCAACAGCUGCGGGACCUGGAGAGAGGUGUUGAUAUCCUUGUGGCUACUCCUGGAAGAUUGGUAGAUUUGCUAGAGAGGGCUAGAGUUUCAUUACAGAUGAUUAGGUAUUUAGCCUUAGAUGAGGCUGAUCGAAUGCUGGAUAUGGGUUUUGAGCCUCAAAUAAGGAAAAUUGUGGAACAAAUGGACAUGCCUCCACAAGGUGUACGACAGACUAUGUUGUUCAGUGCCACUUUUCCUAAAGAAAUACAGAGAUUGGCCUCUGAUUUUCUUUCAAAUUAUGUGUUUCUGGCUGUUGGGAGAGUGGGUUCCAGUACUGACUUAAUUGUCCAAAGAGUUGAAUUUGUUCUUGAGUCUGACAAAAGAAGUCAUCUUAUGGACCUUCUUCAUGCACAGAGGGCUAAUGGUGUACAGGGCAAGCAAGCUCUAACACUAGUCUUUGUGGAGACAAAGAAGGGUGCGGAUGCACUAGAGCACUGGUUGUGUAUUAAUGGUUUUCCUGCAACUACUAUUCAUGGUGACAGAACACAACUGGAAAGAGAGCAAGCAUUGAGGUCUUUUAAAAGUGGAAACACCCCAAUUUUGGUUGCAACUGAUGUGGCUGCACGUGGGCUUGACAUUCCCCAUGUUGCACAUGUGGUCAACUUUGAUCUUCCAAAUGACAUUGAUGAUUAUGUCCAUCGUAUCGGAAGGACAGGGAGAGCUGGGAAAAGUGGUUUGGCUACUGCUUUCUUUAAUGACAACAACUCAUCACUUGCUAAGGCUUUAGCUGAACUGAUGCAAGAAUCAAAUCAAGAAGUACCUGCUUGGCUAUCUCGGUAUGCAGCACGAUCUUAUUAUGGAGGAAGGAAGGGUCGUUCUGGGGGAGGCCGGUUUGGAGGCCGUGACUUCCGAAGGGAUUCCUCUUUCAAUAGGGGCGGUUCUGACUACUACAGUGGAGGCAAUAGCGCUGGCGGAGGAUAUGGGGGGUAUUCUGGUGGAUAUAGUGGAGGAUAUGGUCCUGGAGUGACCAGUGCAUGGGACUAACCUCUUAACAUUUUAGAUCAAUUUCAAUGUCUAGGUAAUGGGUGCUGAUUUGUACCUUCACUAUAGGGUUACAUUUUGCCUUCAUUUUGUCAUAAUCAUGUUAGUUUUCCAAGCCCUCUAUAAUCUAUACUGUUAGAAGUGGUUAUAACUGUUUGGAGGGGAAAAUAUGUUUGGUAUUAUUGGAUCUCAUCAGGAAUAGAAGUUUAAGUUUGUGUAUUGUUGGUAGGUAUGGGUAAAAAAGAAAAAGUACUAACAGAGUAGGGUUACUUUUGCCUUAUUAUUCUGCCCCCCUUUGCUUUUUUGGCUUUUGUGAUUUUGGGUGGUGAUGGUGAUGGUUUGUAGAAAUAUGUAGUGGGGGGAAGGGAGAGGGUUUCUUUUUGGCCGCACCUUUGUUUAUCUCAUAUAGUCGUAGGCAUGUUCUUUGUGGUGACCCCCAGUUUGCGGGGGUUGUACUAUUGAGAUUCUUGGUCCUGCCAAUUUUUCUUUCUCUUUUCAACAAGUUUUUAAGACGUUUAUAAUAUUUUGCUGGUGACUCAAAUAAAUACAGAGUUUCUAUUGAAA